AUGGCUCCAAAGGAAACAACAACUAAUAGUAAUUCAAAUGGUAUGCAAGAAUUUAAGCUUGCAGUUAUUGGUGGAGGUGGUGUUGGUAAAAGUGCAUUAACUGUACAAUUCAUUCAAAACAUUUAUAUUGAAGAAUAUGAUCCAACAAUAGAAGAUUCCUAUCGUAAACAUGCUAAAAUUGAUGAUAAACCAGUUUUUUUAGAAAUCUUAGAUACAGCUGGACAAGAAGAAUAUAAAGCAUUAAGAGAUUCAUAUAUGAGAACAGCUGAUGGAUUUUUAAUGGUAUAUUCAGUGAUUGAUAGAAAAACAUUUGAAGAAGUGAAUGAAUUUUAUGAACAAAUAUUAAGAGUUAAAGAUUGUGAUAAAGCACCAAUGGUAUUAGUUGGUAAUAAGUGUGAUUUAGAAUCAGAAAGAGUGAUUCGUAUAGAUGAAGCUAAAGUUUAUUCUAAACAAUUAGGAAUUCCAAUGAUUGAAACUUCUGCUAAACAAAGAUUAAAUGUUGAUGAAUCUUUUGCUUUACUUGUUAGAGAAGUUAGAAAAUCAUUAAAAUCAUCAGAUGAAGAUCAAUUAACAAAGAAAAAGAAGAAACCAUGUUCAAUUUUGUAA